AUGAGAGCAGCAACGUCUCAAGUCGAGCAGCUAGUUUUAGUGCUCAUCGUUUGUCUGGCGGCAUUAGGCAGCAGCCAGGCAUACGAAGUGCCCAGGGCCACAGUCAAAGUGAAUACGCCGCACGGUUUUGAGGUCUCCGUACCAGACGAGCCGGGCAUUACGCUGUUCGCCUUCCAUGGCAAACUCAAUGCAGAAAUGGAAGAUCUCGGCGAUCAAACCUGGGCCACCGACGUCGUCAGUGCACGCAACGGGCGCUGGACAUAUCACAAUCGCCUGCAAAAGCUGCAGCCGGGAGAUGUGCUCUACUACUGGACAACCGUCAGAUACAAUGGCCUGGACUAUCAUAGCUAUAACCAGCGACAUCAGGUGGGCCAAGACGAUGCUAAAGGCCAAAAUGUCACCAUCGAUCUGACCAGCAAAGGAGGAUCCCAUUUACCAAUCAAUAUCAAUGGAAACCCCACCAUAAAUAUAUUUGUUUCAUAAUCACGCAGACACCUUGUGGAAGUUCCCAGCCGGAAGUGACAAAACAAUCAGCAAAUAACUUAAUUCUAGCAACGCGAAUUCUUAAAACUUUUUUAAAUUCCAAGUGCCUUAUUCCAAAGUAUUAGUUAAUCAUGCGCUAAUUUCAUAAGCAAAACAACACAAAACAAAGUACAAAAUGAACAAACAAUUCGGA